CACGCAUCUUGCUCACCUAACAGCCUACUCUUCUACCAACUACUACUUCCUAUUCUUUGUUGACCAAAGCAUCUUGAAGCCAAAAAAUAAAAAUAAAUAAACAAAUCGAAUCAAAUACAUCAUAAAAUGCGUUUCUCUAUCCUCGCCAUCUUCUGUUUCUUCAUUGCCACCGCUAUGGCUGCCACAGUCCACAGCUCAUCAUCUCCAUCCCAGGUUGAUAUCUUGAGUCUUGAUCUGUCUUCUACUCUCAACUCUGCCCCUGCUGAAUACUCUCCCUCUGAAAUCGCUGGUAGCAACGACUUGGAAAAGCGUAGACAGCCCACCAACUUUGUCGAUGUCCCUAUCUGGAUUAACGGAACCCUUUUCUACAUUGCCCUCUCUGUCUCUACUUUGCUCUGGUGCACUGGAAAGGGUAUUGACAUGAUGUUAGAGCGCCAGGAGCGUUUGGCCGAAGCUGCUGCUUAUUAAAAAAAACAACAAUUUCAACAAAUCAAUCAUAUACCACAUUCAUUAAUUUCUCUCUCUCUCUCUCGCUACCUUAACUUUCUUGUAUCCAUCAACCAUCAUCUUUCUUCCUCUUCCCGCCAAAAAAAAUACUUCCUCCUCCAAACACAUAGUCAGAUUAUUGCUUGAUUUGAGUUGUUAAUCAUAUUUUGCUUGUUGUUUUCCUUUUUAUAUUCAUCUUUUUUAUUUAUUUAUUUAUUUUAUUAAUUAUCUAUUAUCUACUAUUACAUAUCUUUUUUAUUUUUAUUUUUUUUAUCACAUUUUUUUUCAUAUUUUUUAUUUUUUUUUCAUUUGUUAUUUUAAUUGCCCAAUUAAAUAUCAAAAAAAAAUCAAAAAAACAAAAAUAAAAUGCCCUUCUAUUUUUUUUC